AUGGCACAUUCAAAGAAGAGCAGUUAUGCUUUACAGAGAACUCUUUUAGCCAAGCCUCGUAUUAGCCGAAGUGGAAAGGCAAGUUCAGUGGAUGAUAAGAAAAGUGAAACCACUGCGAAACAGGCACACGGAUAUUCCCUUUCCAAGAGAGUAGCUAUCAAGAUGAGCAAUGAUGGAGGCCGCGAGAACAGGACCACCAGUGCCUGGGAAACCUAUAAAUGCGCCAUACAACUCGAUAGGAACAGAUAUAUGGCAUAUAUCUGUGCCCAAAGUGAGCAGCUAAAGGGGGGCUUCCUGGUCAUACGGGCGUUUAUAAUAAUAGGAAUAUCAGGAAAACUAACUUCAGGAGACGACGCCUUGUCAUACAUACACUCGGGAAGGAGAAAUAAGGCGCAGGCGAUAAAUUACAUAGAGACCCCAGGGCCUUCGCAUAUAAACAGGAGUCAAUGA